CAGUUUGAUUCACAUUGAUUAUGUUAUGCGUGCAGUGGUCAAAUAUCAGUUGUCUGUUUCCAGACGGUGCAGCGAACUCUGCACAGUUUGAUCCUGAAGGAUGCAUCUGGGUAUGCACAGCUAGGUAAGCGCAGUCGGAUCCCGGCAGAUAAGGCUGAAUGAGCACAGUCUGAUCCCAGAAGUUAAGGCUGGCUGCGCACUGUGCAUUGCGCCUGACAGUGGGCGCCCUCUAUCGCUCCAGCUGCUCGCAGUGGGUGGGAACCCGGGCUGGACUUUAUAAAUGAGCCCGCAGCCUCGGAGCCGUUGCUGUGUGCCGGAAAGCGGCCGCGAUGUCUUCAGCCCGCGCCCACGUGUGCCAGUGCAAGAACGGCAGGGGUCUGAGCAGCAUCCUGUACAAGCUCCUGAAGGACGAGGGUCAGGAGCUCCCGCAAGGGCACCUGUCGCCUACUGCUCCGUCUGCAGUCGCGGCCAAGGUAUGUGCCUGCAGCGCCAGACGGAGAGUGGUGCUCAAGUGCCCUCACGUUACCUGUGCCGAAGCGUCGGCGGUGCUGGCCAAGACACUGACAUUUAUAAAGAAUGUGCCCUGCUUCCAGGCGUUGCCCAGCGCCGACCAGCUCGCCUUGUUGCGGAGGGGCUGGGCGCCCCUCCUCGUUCUGGGACUGGCACAGGACAAAGUCGAUUUCGAAACUGUGGAAACCAACGAGGCGAGUAUUCUACACAUGAUUUUAACCAACGGACCUGCGAACAGCCACAAAGAGAGCGGCGAAAAUCACUCACCGUCAGCGGCUGAGAUCCAGACCAUCAAAAGGUUUCUGAUGAAGUGCUGGAGCCUGGACAUCAGCCCCAAAGAAUAUGCUUACCUGAAAGGGACCCUUCUGUUUAAUCCAGUUUUAGAAUUUCAGUCACCCUUUUUACUCAACGGAUCUUUUCUGAGCAGACAUCUUUCGAACAGACUUUCUGGCAAUAACGUUGACAGUGAAAUGAGGGAGCUUCCAGGACUACACUAUGUCGAGUACAUUCAGAGUCUUCAGCAAGAGGCACAUCAAGCUCUCAAAGAAUACGUGAAAAGCAUUUACAAAGAUGAUCAGAGUCGUUUUUUCAACCUCAUCAUUACACUUUCUAUGCUUCGCUGCAUUAGUGCAGAUGUUCCUAUUUCCAAGCCCUCCAUCUGAAGAGUUGCCUCAUCUAUGGAAGGCACCAGCCUUUUGGCCUCUGCAGUCCACUGGCCAUCAGCCGAAACGGAGAACGGCUGUUUCAGGAAGAGGAGGAUGUUACCUGAGAAGUUAUGUGAGCUUUCAAAUCGUUCCCUGAAGUUUUCUGCCAGGCUCGUCACGAAAUCCUUCAUCACUGGAUCCUCCUGCAUUUCGUUCUUCUCGCAAUGCUCCCGCCGACGUGGAAAUUGCAGCUUUCUCCCGUGAAUGUCUUCCUCCAAAAGGUUCCGCUUUGAACGGAAAGCUUCAAUCGCCUCAUACAUGUCCACAACAGUGUGGUUGUUGCCUUGUAAUUGCAGAUUAGGUUGAUUUAGAUGAGAUAUGAUGUCACAGAAGAAAAGAGCAUGUGCCAGCACCUUGUUGACUCUUAAAAACCUCUUAAAUCCUUGGGCUUUUUGGCUCUGCAGGCUGGAUAAAAAUGACACAAGCUCAUCAUGCAGGCUGCACACCCUCUCCAACACACUCAGCGAAGGUCGCCUGCUCUACGGGGGCACAGGUCAAGUGUACGGUGUGGGAUGAGGUUAAAAUAAAUUAGAGCAGCGCACGUUUUAUUUAAAUGUUAUGACAGGUGCGUUCAUGUAAGUGCCAGUGGGUCGGCACAGUCCAGACAUUUGGUUCUUGCGGUCCGGACCUGGGCCGCGGUCCAACUAUUGGGGUUGUCUGGUGUAGUGGAUAGUAUAACUGUAUUAGAGCACCAGAGCACUGGGUUCAAUUCUGCUGCUGUCUAUAAGGAAUUUCAGUAAGAUUGCAAAUAUAUUGAUUGAUAAAGAAUUCUUUGAU